GCGAGUUGUUUACAGUUCGUCAGCAAAAACAUCUACUUUGCUCGCUGCAUUGAACACUAAUUCUUUGUAAAAAAUGAUUAUGCUGUGGCUUGGAGAAUACGUGUGGAUUUCCUGAACUUCAGAGAGGUUCUAGUUAGUCAUAACAGAGAUUGUGUAGACUCCAACACAGCCGUCAUUUCUGCAGUUUUGUUCUCUUGCCUGAAGAGUGUCCAUCCUCCUGUAGUGGGAGAGUAUUGGCAGCAUCUGUAUGUUCUGGAUAGCGGAGACUAGAGGCAACAUUGAGAUGGCUGAUCAGGAGGAAGGAGAUAGUCUGGUGUGUCUUCAGUCCAGCGAAGCUUUCCCAUUGAAACCCAUGUUGAAGGAUGAUCCAACGUUAGAGGUACCAUACCACCAGCUGUCUGGAGAGAGCGUGAUGUACCUUGGCAGAGCUUCAGAUGCAGUCAUUGUGCUGUCAAGCUAUCGGCUGCUCAUCCGUAACAAAGAAUCAUUUGUCAAUGUGCCCAUCAUGCUGGUAGAGAAUGUGGAAUGUCGAGAUCUCUUCCACUUGGUCAUUCAGUGUAAAGACGGCAAGACAUACAGGUGUAAGUUUGCUACCAAUGAGCAGUGCCAGGACUGGUUGGCUCGUCUAACUGCGUCAACCUCACCACCCAAUAAACUGGAGGAUCUAUUUGCAUUUGCGUUUCAUGCGUGGUGUUUCGAUCAGGUCCAUCAUGUCCGAGAGUCAUCUAGUCCCGGUGUUGGCUUCCUGCAGAGCACCGGUGAUAUACCGGCAUAUUCCUUCAGUAGUGAAGUCAGCAGACAGGGAUAUGAUAUGAAGCAAGCAUGGAGAGUCUUUGAGAAUAAGGAUUACAAGUACUGUUCGUCGUACCCACUGCAGCAUAUCGUACCAGCGUGGAUCACAGAUGACGAACUGAAGGCUGUUAGUAGUUUCAGAGCAUCCAAGAGGUUUCCUUCAGUAGUAUGGAGACAUCAGCAGAAUGGAGCAGUGAUAGCACGGUGUAGUCAGCCAGAGAUAGGUUGGUUUGGCUGGCGUAGUGAUCAAGACGAACACUUCAUAGAGAGUAUACUGAGGGCAUGCAAGACGGACAAUCCACAGAACACUGUAGAGAGUGUAGAGAGACCAGCCAAUGGAACGGCUGGAGGGGAGACUAAUGACCUGAGUCUAUUAUCACACGUAGACACAGACUCCAGCAAUAGGAAAGUCUUGAUUGUAGAUGCUAGAUCCUACACAUCAGCCUGGGCUAAUAGAGCCAAAGGAGGAGGCUGUGAAUUCCAAGAAUAUUACCCAUCAUGUGACAUCCAGUUCAUGGGUCUCGCUAACAUUCAUUCCAUCAGAAAAAGCUUUCAAGGCGUGAGGAACAUAUGUAGUAACUUGUCAGAUGUGCCCAAUUGGCUGUCUCUCCUAGAGGCCACUAAAUGGCUACAGCAUCUCUCUCUCCUGCUCAAGUCAGCUCUUGUAGUAGUCAACGCUGUAGACAAGGACGCCAAUCCAGUAGUAGUCCAUUGCUCUGAUGGGUGGGACCGUACACCACAGAUUGUAGCUCUGGCUCAGCUCCUGCUGGAUCCGUACUACAGAACACUCGAGGGCUUUCAAGUAUUAGUGGAGCGAGAAUGGCUGCAAUUCGGGCAUAAGUUUGGAGAUCGCUGCGGUCAUAAACCCAAUGAUGACGAUACCAAUCAGAGGUGCCCGGUUUUCCUGCAGUGGUUGGACUGUGUACAUCAACUCAUUCUACAGUACCCAACGGCAUUUGAGUUCAAUCAAACAUUCCUGGUGAAGCUGGUCCAGCACACCUACUCCUGUCUGUUUGGAACGUUUCUUUGUAACAACGAACAGCAGCGAGCCAAGCACUCCAUCAAGGAUCGUACAUGCUCUGUAUGGUCACUGCUCACCACUGAGGGACAUAAAUACCGUAAUUUCCUCUUUGCUCCGUCAACUGAGACGGUCCUGUAUCCAGGUUACAAUGUACGCACACUGAAUUUCUGGGCUGCGGUAUUCCUGUCAGAUUCCGCCCCAGCAACCUGCGAAGAUGUCAACUCAAACUCACAGAAAGCUAAGCAGGCAGCGUCGACAGAGGGCGCUAAACUUCCGCGCACUCGCUCCGUGGACGACCUGCACAAGGGGGAAGAGGAGAGUCAGCGAGGGAGCAUUGUGGAAGGAAGCCCCUUAGUCAGGCGACUAAGCGAUCCCAACCUGAGUGAGCUCAAGUUAGAUGGAGGGAGGAUAGGCUCCCCACCUCAGGGCAUCAAGAUCACCGACUUGCAGCUUAGCGGUACAGCGGUGAAGGCUGAUGAGAUUGACCAAGACACGGAAACUAAUUCCUCGGAUGAGAUUAUUAAUAAAGAAUCGGAGGAUCUCAACCAAGAGGUGGAUUCUAUGUCGGAGACGGAGACAAACACAGAGUGUCUGACUAACGGUCACUCAAAUGGACUCCCUAAUGGCGAUUGUAGUGAUAAUGACUCUGUUAAUGUACCCUAUGAAGGGAGCUCAAGGACCUCCACACCGAGGCAUCAUAAAUGCAGCAGCCGGCAGUCCCUGGAUGGCCCUAUGAACGGGUCCACGGACACCCUCACUGGGGACUCCAUCAGUAGAGAUGGUAACCAGGAUCUAAAUCAUUGGAAUGAGUGUAACGGACACGCUGACGCCAGCAACGAAAACGGACACAGUCCAUUGGAAUUGAGAGUUGAUACUGAUCCAGCAGACAGCUUAGCUAAUAACGGCCUGUCAACCAAACAAACAGUCAACUCUAUCAGUAUAAGCACAAGCACAUCAGACUUGACAUGCUCAAACAUAACCACAACUCUACCACUCCGGAACGGGCCACUCUUCUGGAACACUCACAUGUCGGUCUGCGGCUCAGAAUCCCUUCCCGACUUACGGAAUGGCGAUAACCAAAACACUAGGCAUGCUUCUAGUUCCAGCAUCCCAAACUUCUACUCUGCCCCGUCUAGCCCAAUUUCAGGCAGCGAUUCUAAGCCUUGCCUAUCCUCAAAUGAUUCAGAUUCGUUGCCCAUCAAGGGCUCUGCGAGUUGUCUGAAGGUCGGACGUCAUUUAGACGCCGAUGGCCUGACUACGGUGCCUGCACCUGAACAGGAGAGAUUGCUAGGGUUGAUCCAUGGCUACCAGGAUGAGGUGACGAUGUUACGUCAAGAGUUAAUCCGAAUGCAGAAGCUGGUUCAGCAAUCUACUCACGGGAGACCUCUAUUUCCCCCUGUAGCAAUCAAUGGGCUCUGCCAAGAGAAAGCUAUAUUUUGCUCGGAUAUUGAAGUAGAGAGAGACCGCGACGGCUCGUCCCGCUGCGGCUCACUACAAUCAGACAUCUCAUGGGAACAAGUAGAUGAGACUGAAGCCAGACGAACACUCUGGAUGCCAGACUAUGCCGCUAGCCAAUGCUUCACGUGUAAUGCUCAGUUUAAUGUGGUCUUUAGGAAGCACCAUUGCAGGAGCUGUGGGCAGAUCUUCUGUAACACCUGCUCUAACUACAUGACAGCCAUACCCCAUGAACAACUCUACGAGCCGGAGAGAGUGUGUAAGACAUGCUACGACACGCUGGAGAGAAACAACAGUAGGAAAACACAAAUUGCAGCAGACCUGGGCUGAGCAUAAGUAGUUUUUUACAUUUUACUUAUAGGGAGUGCUUAUUUUAAUGUCAAUUUCUGAUCUGCUUACACACUUUGAGUCUAAAAACUGGAACAAAAAAAACCAAAAAAAUAAACAAAAUAUAAUCAAAUUGAUAGAUAAAUAAUGAAAUUUAAAUAUAAGUAUUUGUUUUGCUUAUUGGCCGCAAUUUGGCCGCAAUUUGCCCGAUAUCGACAAGCGAUUGGCGCUUAUGGGCCUGAUGACACUAGUUAGUGCAUGGGGAGUUUGUGCUACAUGUAUGCCUUGGUUUGUCAAAAACAAUCACAUUCAUAUUGUGAAAAAAGGUAAAAGGCACAUAGUUCCAUGCUGAAUUCGAACAGUAAGGUUCCAUAAAAAAUAACAAAUAAACAGUUUUGGUUCUCAAAAUGUGUAAGCCAGUCAGGGUUGUUGAAGGUGAAUGAAGACUUGUCAGGUAUAGCCUGUGUUUGAACACCUUUAUAGUCUUAAUGUGUUGUUGCUAUAGACCUUUAUCAUGGUGCAGCCAUCUUGAAUUUCUCCCAUUGAUAUCAAUGUUACCAAACCAAGGCUGGAAGAACAAAAUAGUCUGGUUCCUGUUUGCAAAAUGAUCAUUAGCAUUCGCUAUUGUUAUUCAAUACGAGGAACAUGACCAAGAUGGAGUCAGCACGAUAAAGGUCUACUCCAAAAGAUGACGAAACGUUAUCAGCUCCAAAGGAGAAAAGAAAACCUGAAAGAUUCUGUCUGGUCAGGCAUCGAAUCAUUACUAGUGACUUCAAUGUCAUUGAAAUAAUAUGGCUAAGUCUGAAUAUAAACUUUACAUUGGGUGCAUAAAGUAUAGAGUUAGGUGUUCAUUUGUGUUUGUUGGAGGUCAAAGGUCAUGAGUUAAGGAAAGUACAGUGCAAUGGCACCGAGUACCGGCUUCAGUCAGUGGGUUCGUAAACACACCAAUUACUGUAUAUAACCCCUAAAAAUAGUAUAUAAUAACGUUAUAAACAUUAGUUUUUAUUGAAAAGAAUUCUGUUUUUCUUUUAGCCCUACCCACAUCUAAAAAAGAGAGAAAUCUUUAUAUAAUCAUUAAGCUUUGAGCCAUCAACUUAACUAUAAUAUUAUAUUUAAGGUCACAGCAGGAUCAAGUAAUCUUUGUAGUUUUGUGGCAGGUUUAUGAGAGUCCAGGAGUUUUUUUUAAUGAAAUUGAAUACUGGGUUCCUACUGAAUGAAUAGAGGUCUCCAGUUGACUUCGUCAAAAUUCAGUUUAAAAGGGAAGUGUUAUUCAACACACCUGAUUUUAGUUGUAAAAGUUAUAUUAGUUUUGACCUUAGCAGAGUCUUCCUCGAAAGGCUAAAUGACAACUCAACACCAUAAACUGGUAUACUGGGCUAAAUUUCAUGGCUCUGCUUAUCGUAAGCAAAGAAUCAGCCCUUUAAAAAGCAAAGAUUUUUGUGCUUGCGUCAAGCAUGUUUCACUGGUUAGCUGGGAAUCAUGUUGGCUAGUGCGUGUGCAUACUCCACGUUACUAUGCAUUCUACGCUUACUCAGGUAGCACAGAAAUUCAGCGCUAGCUUGUUAGCGGAGAAUGGUGAUCGUUAGCGCAAAAGUCGGUGAAAAGCAGCGCCAUGAAAUGGGGCCCAGGUGUAAUGGAAUUUUCAAGUGGAAAUAUGUUAACAGAAAGAGAGGCAGACAGCACACGUAAGAAGCAAGGGAUGAAAAAGAAGAGUUGGGUGGGGGGGGGGGUAGGUAAAUGGAAAGGGUUGGUUUUAACAGACCGCUCGGCAACGACGCCCAACCCCCUCACUUCUUUUAAAACAUGUAAAGAAAUAGAAUCAAACUCAUCAAUGUUCCAAUAUGAUUUAGACUUGUUCAGUCUAUUACCAGCUGAAAACUAAGAAGCAGAAAGUGGUGCUUGGACAGUAAGUUUAGUAAGCAGACGUUCCCGUGGAGCCAGUCAUGAUCGAUGUUCAUUACAUGGCAUUUUGGCUGGUAACUUGCUAUUGCUCAACAGUUUUGGGAUUGGUCUAAAAGUUGCUCCUUCCGUAAAUGCUGUUCUUUUGGUGGAUCAUUGUGUUUCUGGUCUUGACAAAAGAAGUAAAACAAACAAAAACACAAACACCACACAACACAUUUAGCUGUUUCUAACAUGUGACCCGCUACCUGAAAAUGAGUCGGAUGUUGACAAUUUCAAGGAUUGAGUUAUAUGCAUGGCUGGAAAGAACACACCUACAGCAGUAAUUUGGU